UCCAACUUGAAGGCAGCAAGUCCUGGCCUUCAAGUUACCCUGACUUGCAAGGUUUCGCAAUGCCCGGAGAACCAUCGCGGUCGACUCUUAUAGAUGUAACGAACCAGCAACUACAUUCCUUCCUCUCUGGCAGACUCGAGGGCUCAUCCCCGGAUCAACUAUGCGACAUCAUAUCUGCGCGUUCCUCGCAACUUCGAAAUGUUGCCAAUCCGUAUGGAAAGCCCACACUGACGUCACGAAAAGCAGUCGAGGCCGGCUCAGUCACGCUCGCGGAUGGUGUUUUGCUGCAAGUCGAUGAAAUCGAGAGGGAGUUCACGCUUGCAAUUAGUGAUCGGUUCGGGAUUGAUGAAAUUCAGUCGUUUGUUCUCCUUCGGUCGUUCCUAUACAAUGAAGGUCUCUCAAGCAAUGGAGGCUCAACCGAUAAAGGCGUUGUGGACGAGCUCAUCGUAGCAAUCACGCCAUUCUACUACUCCGAACGCCUCUUCGUAUUUCGCGUCCUCAUUCCACUGUUUCGUGCCCACGAGAACACUGGCGACUCAAUACAUGCUGUUGCCACGAAGUGUCUUCCCAAAAUCAUCCAAGACGGUCAUCAAUUCACACUUGACCUCAUAACAGAAUACCUUCACAAAACGGAAAUGGAUAUCCCGGAUGUUCUGCAUGCCGACGCGCGCAUUGCCUCUCGUUGGGCUAAACAGAACAUGAAGGAGCAACUCGUGAUGCUAGAGGUCCUCUUUUGGACGGUCUGGGGGUAUGUUCCUUGCGACGGACCUUUGGUUGUUCGAAUAUUUGAAGCUGCUUACAACACGAACCUUGGAUCCUCGCAGAAAAACUCGACGCUCUUGCUAGAUGAUGAAGGCAAUCGGCUGCAGCACGACUGUGCAGCGUUAUGGAUACUCGUCACUGUAGAGGUGCUCGAGCUGGAGAGAGUGGCGGAGGAUGGAGGAAUAGAGAUAUCGGCAACUCCUUCCGACAAAACGUUCUAUCCCUCUUCACCAGAGUCGCUCAGACGGAUCCAUGAGAUCGUGACAUCCAACUUGUCUAGCCAGCACGCGUGCACACACCUAGCAUGGGCCUUCGUUCUGUCGCGGUUGACUUCAAAAGCUGGUCAAUUGAAAGAAAUUCCAGAACCGUAUCGCAGGUUUUUGGGCUCCCUGCAUCCACAUCACAAUCGCUCUAAGGAAAGGGAGCCGUCGCAUGUACUCAUGGCACGGGCGGCUUUUAGUCCAGAAGCAGGCCUUUUCAAGCUCUUGUUGACUCUCCUCACAACCUCCCCGUUAUUUGUUACCUCUGUUGCUUGGAAGACAGGGUCGACUGUAACAGACCCAAAUGCUAUUGCUUUCCGCUCUGUGCUCAAAGGCUUUGUCAUUGCAAUGGUUGAACUGGUCCCUGUUGAACUCAUCCCCGACUUCGACUCUUUGGUUGAAGUAUGGAUUGCGCUGUUUGGACGCAGCGAGCCUCAAUCUAUAGCAGGGAUAUGUCGACAAUUCUGGCAAUCGGAUUGGCGACAGGGUCUUGCACGUCGCGCCAUAUUUGAUGUUGCACGAACACGCUUCCCAAUUCACUUCCGGCCGCUUGUCCGCCUUCUCCGAGCAAUGACUGCAUCUGGAUUUAUUGAUACUGAUCCACUAUCCACUGCGGCAUCGUCCAGCCAACCUCCUGCUGACGAAAGUGACGAUGGUGAUCGUGAGAUUUGUAGUCGGCAUGUAUUUUACUACAUGGAUAAGUUGCCUACUUUCUCGCUGGUCAUCCCCCUGGCAUCUUGCACCGGCCCUAAUGCUGUCUAUGAAAAAGCACAAGCUGCUGGUCCAUCCCUUGCAUACACAAACCUACGCGCUAUUCGCCUUCCUGGGGGCUCGGUAAUGCCUGCGCGCUCGAAGGGUCGGCUGUUGAGUGGGGAUGGUGGGGAUCAUAUUGCAGUGUGUUGGCAACAUGAGCACAGCGGAUGGAAGGUGGUUUUGGACGUGCUCACUGAGUACGUGACUCGGCGGAGGAUGUAUACGGGCACUGUGGACCUAUACCAGGACGUUGCGUUCGGCCGUACAGGCCCUGGAUCUAUUCCUUUGACGCUAAGGCUUGAAGACGUCGGGAUGGAGAUUGAUGAGGGGGGCGAUGAAGCACUUGCGACCGAUGCUCUUGACCUCAUUCGCAGCGUCAUCCAAGACAACGAGGCGCUGGCGGAAGAGCUAUUGGAGUCUCUCGAGAGCGGUGGUGACCCUAACAACUCUUCGGACAAUCAGCCGCCUGAUCUCGUCCAUCUCACGACGAUGAUCCUGGAGGAAGCACUCAGUCGUUCACAAGCUCGAAGUUUUUCGCGAACUCAGUUGAUCACAUCUGCAAUGAGUGUUCUAUCAGCACUGUUGUCCUUGCCAAAAUACUCUCUGCGCGUAUGGCUCUAUAUACGUUCAACGAGCGUGCUGUUUGGCCCUAGUCGUACGUCAGGUUUCGCGGCAAUUGCUCUUGCAGCAGAGCGGAUCUCUGGUCACUAUACAAUGACUCUCGCAUUGCUCAAUCUCGUCCAACAACUCCUCCACGAAGCGUUUGCGUCCGUACUCACAAUUCCAUCCGACAAUCAACGCCUUAAGCAGGUGAAAGAGGAAGUUCUCCUCCGAGCAGCCGCAUUCGUCCAUGGGGAGAUAUGGGUAGAGCACCUGAGUUGGAAGUAUGCCCAGCUCGGCGACAGGUUUGAGAUUGGACGACGAGUAUCUUCGUUUUAUGGCUAUGUUCUCAAACAAUCUCCUCCUGCUUUGGGCGAUCGUCCCUUCCCUGCCCUGAGCCAAGCUGUCGCUGACGCUCUCCUGCAUAAGGCCACGACGUCAACUAUCAACCCACUUGUAUCAUCGAUAGCAGUUGCCCCCCAUAUCCUCGGCACCCUCUACGCUUCGCGACGCUAUGGCGAUGCCAGACGUCUGAUCUACCUCCUGGAGUCACACCUCAGUCUCACUAGGCUAAUCCUCAGCUAUAAGCAGUCCAUUCCCAAUUCCUCAAAACCGUGUCUUCUCGAGCAAGCUCUGUGCGCGCGAGUAGCGGGAGGCGCCGGGUUCACGGAUUCUACGAGAUCCAGAAUAGACCCCGUCGACGUCCUGGCGAAUUAUGUCAAAGGGCGGGAUAUUGGGACGGCUGUUCCUCUGGAGUCGAUAAGAGUUCUCUAUGCUCUCUGUGCAUCCUUGUCUGUGACUCAGCCCUCGCCUGCGACAAUCAUCGGUCAUCUAUCGAAUCCAGAGGCCACUGUCGCAUCAUUCGUGCGAAUUGUACAGCACCCGUACGAAGAUCUCGCCCUGCGCAACGCCGUUUGGAACUUCAUAGCCCUUGCCGUUGAUAAGGAACCGGCAUUAGCCAACCUCUUUGUUACAGGACAAUUCCGGGUUCCGAACAACAAAAACAGGAACAAGGAGAACGCUAAAUCACAAGGAGAUGAUGAUUCGAAGAAGCACAUGAGCGCGCUCGAAGUUGCCAACGAAACCCUUACUCGCUGGAAAGACUUAUGGGAAGCCAAUCCUCAACUCUUAGCAUCAGUGUUUCGCUUCAUUGAUGUCGUAUGGCAACACGGGCUUGAACACAAAAAUCUCAUUGAUGCUACUCGUGGUAAUGACGAGUUUUGGACCAACGUAGUUGCUGUUGUUAAAGAGGAGCUCGGUCCCGACCCUGACUACGAAACAGAGACAUUCAUCAUAUUGGACGACGAGCGUCGAUCAAGCCUCCAUGAAGCAGUAUCUAUUCAAUCGUAUCGCAACAUGGUGAAGUCAUAUGCCGUGCGUGUCAUUGGACAGGACAUUUUCCUUCAGCCGCAGCCUGGACCCUGUGAGCCCGCGAAGAAGCCCUUGAGUUACAGCAAGCUAGCUCCGUCAUUCAAGUCCGAAGAUCAACUCAACGAAUUGAUACUGGAGGCAGAGAGCACUUCAUAUGACCCCAGUCUUUCUGACAAACUCGCCGCACAGCUUCAGCAGGACUUCCCGAGCCUCUCCCUUACUCACCUACAAUCGCAGGAUCUCAGUGACGAGCGGCAGUUUGGCGAUGACUUUACGUUCUCCAUAGCACUUCUGCGCAGUCGUCUGCAACAGUGUGCGUCGGGUGAUGAUAGGGCAAAUGCAGUGGAGGAAGUGGAAAGGAGAAUCGCGUCUUUGAAUCUCAAUCUCUCACUCACCUAUGCUCAGACAGCUUUGACGGAGUCGUGGCAGUUCCUUUUGCGCCAAGUAUUGCCAUUUGUGCGGCCAGUGCCAGAGAUCCGGUCGAACCUCAUAUUGCUCUCCGCCACGAUAUCCAGAGACCUGGCUUUGGAGAAAAGGUCGGGAGAUAUGAUGGCGAAACUCCAUGGCACGCGACUCAACUUGUUGUUAUCAAUCCUUGAAGUGGUCUGGUUCUCCGAUUCGGAUACCGACAAGCACAUCACGUCCUUCAUGAACCUCGUGGAUAACAUGCACAAAGUCUUGUUAAAUGAGGCGCAACCUCCCUCUCAGUCAUUCCUGGGGCGUAUGUCCGUGCCCUUCCAUCAAAUCCUGCUCCAGGUCAUCUACUUCUGUGUUCGCCAGUGCCGGAAUCUUGCCAGGCGACCCAAAGUCCUCACCGCUAGCAGGCGCCUUGCCAUUUCUGGUUUGGUGGACUCAACGCUUCCAUUGGUAAUUGACGCUCUCCGCCUUACCUUCGACUCAGCCCGCACACGGCUUGAUCUCGAUCUCGAUCGGGAUAUGGAGCUACUGGUUGCAGUCUUUGAGCAAUGCACGCGUCCUGAUAUCAACGUCUCAUCUUUAACAUGGCUGACUCGAUGCCAAGAGACAGAUGUCAUCAAAUCCAGCUUGGAAUUGCUCACUCGGACAGACGUGAUCGGCCUCACAGAUCUGCCCCUGCUUCGCACACGCAGGCAACCUUUGUACGCGCCCCACAUCCUCCUAUUCCACAUGGCUGUAGUAAGCAUACCAUCCGGUGCUGAAAGAUUUGCCAGUGAAGGCAUUAUUUCGGCAUAUAGUAACAACGGAAUUAGCCUUGCGGCAAGCUCAGGGCAGAUCGAUGUUGUGUUGCCUGAGCUUCCUGGAGAGAGGAGCCCAGCACACAAGACAUAUUGCUCGAUGAUGGCCAUAGUUUCUGCCGUCGUCUCUGCUCUCAGGCGGCAACACCACUUCUUCGACGCAGAGGCUUGCGGAUUCGUACAGCUGUAUGGCAAGCAGAUUAUCCGGGCGCUGAGCUGGAGUGUCGGUGAUCCGAUUACGCUGCCAUUAUUGGAGGAGAUGGAACAAGUGGUUGGCCUCUUUUACGCGCUUGCAGAGAGUGCUCCUCCUACUGCCUCCCCAAACCCAGCAGUCGUGAAGGUCCUGCGUGUGUUCACAACCCACGCGCUCAUGCUCCUUCAGCAACUCAACUACGCGUUGACGCACCCUAAUCACAUCGCUAGUCUCUUGGAACCGGUGACUGCGGAAGAGCGUGCAUUGCUGGAGAAGGAGCCUACCGCCGCAUCCUCCCUGGUAGACAUGGCCGACCUGCAGAAACAUCCGUUGACCGCGCGUCUUGUUCAUCGGUUAUUUAGGCUGUCAAGCUCCGUGGUGUCUACGCUGGUCAGCAUCAGCCGAGCGUAUGAUGUUCUUCUUGGUGAACAAGAAGAGUGGCCCGUUCAAGAAGCAGUGGUCGUUCCUCAUUCCAAGGUGGUACCGGGGGAACCAGCGUCUUUGGGGACCUUGCUUGAACUCGCAAACUGUACUCUUGAUGUCCUACGACACCUCGUCGAUCGCCCAGCGGGUCAGGCCAUCGCCCCCCCUGCGUCCCUCAAAGAAACGCCGCUUGAUGUGCAGGAAGGCAUGCUUACAGCCCGAAAGACAUUGGAGGCAUUACUCGUGUAUGCGGCAACGCAGCUUGCAAUGUGGCUCUCAAAGCCAGAAUUUGACGCUGCUGAAAUGGACUCGGAAGAUCACGUUCCACAGACCAUUGAUAUGCGAGAAAGCUCAAAAAGACCAUCUAGGGCACUCACAGACCGAAUUAGAAGGGGGAUGCCGGGAGAGAUGGCGACGGAUCUGGAAAAGUUGCUGAAGCAAGCGAAGCCUAUUCUUCAAAAGAGUGUCGAUGACAAACGAAAUGUCAAGGGGGAUCUCACACAGGUGCUGCUUAGGUUUAUGAGUGAGUGGGUAAUGACCACGUCGUCAUAGAUGGGUUAGGUACUAUGUAGAUGUAUCAAAAGUAACAUUAUAUGUUCCACGUUGUCAAUUUGUCCUGGAAAUGAAUAAGUCAAUCACCGCGUUAAAACAUCUAUGCCAGUCUCGGUGAUGAGAAUCAUAUGCUCUGCUUGAGCGCUUCGUGCACAAUU